AUGGCGCCCCUGGGAGACGCAGACUAUUGUAGAGACCAGGCUCGCCGGGCCCUCCUGGCUCUGCUAGAAGGCGCUCGUGGAAAGAAGAACAUCGUCAUCAGCCAGGAGCUGGCAGGUCCAGUCGGCUUGAUCGUCAAGUUCUCCGAACUUCAACAGUAUGGCGUAGACCGAGUCUUUCUGCUGGAGAAUGCCAAUGUGGACUCGUCGCAGAGUAAUGUUGUGUUCUUAGUGCGCGGCGAGAAAGCCCAUCAUGUGCGGACAGUCGCAGCGGUAGCAAUUCCCCACAUCAAGUUGAAGCUCAUUUAUUUGGCGCUCGGUUCCGUGUUUGACUAUCUUUGUGCUUCGCCGAAGUGCCAUCAGUGUGGGCUGACAGUUCCAUCGCCAGAGCAAAUCAAGCGUCUUCAAAACAACGGCAAUGUGGAACAUGAGUUCUCCAUCUUCUUCUCUCCCCGGCGUACCUUGGUCGGCAAUGCCGUCUUGGAAGAGGCGGGCAUUGUCGGUGAUGUUAACAUUGCUGAAUUUCCGCUCCAAUUCUUGCCACUUGAACAAGACAUCUUGUCACUGGAACUGGAUGAUGCUUUCGGAGAUCUGUACCUGCACAAGGACCCGGGAUGUAUCUUCCAUGCUGCCAAAGCUCUCAUGGGCAUUCAGCAGAGGCAUGGGUACUUUCCUCGCAUUAUUGGCAAGGGUGACAAUGCUCGCCGACUAGCAGACCUGCUCCUUCGAAUGCGCAAAGAGGUGGAUGCCGAAGAGAGCUCCGGACUUGCUGAUUCGCAUGCACGAGGUCUUCUGCCAAGUGCCGACACCGAGAGCUUGAUCAUCAUCGAUAGAGACGUGGACUUUGGAACCCCACUUCUCACGCAGUUGACCUACGAGGGACUCAUUGAUGAAUAUGUUGGCAUCAAAAACAAUCAGGCCGAUGUAGAUACGAGUAUCGUGGGACAGGCACCCGGUACUCAGGCCCAGGAGUCAUCGAAAACUCCGCAGCAAAUCAAGCAAGGUCUGAAGCGCAAGAUCCAGCUCGAUUCCACGGAUCAGCUGUUCAGUCAGCUACGAGAUGCAAAUUUUGCCAUUGUCGGCGAUCUCCUGAAUAAAGUCGCUCGCCGACUCGAGAACCAGUAUGAAACUCGGCACACAGCUCAGACCACAACCGAGCUCCGUGAAUUCGUCAACAAGUUACCGACUUAUCAGUUGGAACACCAGAGUCUUCGUGUGCACACCAACCUGGCCGAGGAAAUCAUGCGGCUGACCCGAACGGAGACAUUCCGGAAGAUACUCGAAGUACAACAGAACAACGCCGCUGGCGCGGAUCCGACAUACCAGCACGAAACCAUUGAAGAAUUAAUCUCCCGCGACAUUCCUUUGAAGAGCGUCUUGCGUCUUCUAUGUCUCGAAUCAUGCAUGGCUGGUGGGUUCCGCCCGCGUGAUCUGGAAAAUUUCAAACGACAAGUGGUGCAGGCAUAUGGUCAUCAGCACCUUCUGACCUUUUGGGCACUUGAAAAGAUGGAACUUUUGCAGCCUCGUUCCUCUGCAACAGCCAUACUUCUACCCACGUCCGGUUCACAAGCUGGCUCAAAGACAAAUUACGGAUAUUUGCGCAAAAAUCUCAGACUGGUAAUCGAGGAGGUGAGCGAGAAGGAGCCCGAUGAUAUCUCAUAUGUUUACAGUGGGUUUGCCCCGCUCAGCGUUCGUUUGGUUCAAUGCGUGCUCCAGAAACAGUACGUGAUCGCAUUGGCAAAGGGUGGAACUCCUGCUACAUCGAUGAAUAAUGCUGGUCCAGCCCCGCCUGGCUGGCUCGGCUUUGAGGAUAUUGUGAAAAGCGCUCGAGGGUCAACCUUUAACAUUGUACAAAAGGGAGAUGACAAGGCCGUUCGAGCUCGACAGACCCUCAGCGGGAAUUCGGCCACGAAGACGGUAUACGUCUUCUUUCUAGGCGGAAUCACUUUCACAGAGAUUGCGGCUCUACGAUUUAUUGCUGCCCAGGAAGCGCCAAAGCGCAAAAUCAUGAUUUGCACCACCGGAAUCAUCAACGGUGAUCGUAUGAUGGAAGCUGCUAUUGAGAAAGGCAGUUUUGCAAAUACUACGAAGUAG